GUUAAUGACCUGCUGUGAGAUUAGAACCACCAUUGCUUGCAAGUCGUGUACAUCUUUUAUAUUGGCAUUCUAUUUUUAAUUAAUUGGCUUUAGUGAAAUUCAAGGUUUCAGUUAUUUACUCUUGUAGAUCCAGAGAAAUUACGCUUUUAGUCUGAAGAAAGAAAACCCCGACUGGUUGUUCUUGAUAACGGAACACAGACAGACACAACAUGAUGGCAAGUUCCUCAUAUGGAGAGAAAUGAUUAAGCUACUGUGAACUUGACAUUUACAGGCUAGCCGUCUACUUGAAGGGGUGAGUCUCGAGCGGGUUAAAGUGAGCUACAGCAGCACCCCACUGCUGUUGGACCGCCGAGAACACUGACGUGUCUGUGAUAUUAUUGGACUAAAAAUUACAGUGUGGUAGCAACUAGCCAUAGGCUAACAUUAUGGUGAAUAACGGAAAGCCAGUAGGACUCUACUCGGGACAUAUGUAAGAUUCAACGCGGCUAUUAUCUGAAUGGCACUUGGCUAUAAAAUAUUUCCACGUGGGCAGUGGUGCGGUUAAAGGCUCAGUUUCAAAUGGGACGGACGAGCGUUGAGGAUGGGGCUGACUAUUCUGACGGGGAUACGUGUAUGUUUAGCCCCAUUAAUUAGCCUUUCCUAGCAGAAAUAUGUAUCAGAGGUGGAAAGUAUGUUUUUCCACAUCAGGUAGGAGAUGCUGAAUGCAUACACGUCAGCACGUCCCCAGACAGACAACAGUAGCAUUCAUACAUUAACGUUCACCGCAAAGCUAAACUCUCCGUAGGGGGACGUGAAGCAGCAAUGGCUGUGAAAUCAAGGAGACAGUGGAGCACCGUGAUUGUCGGCGUCUUUUUGGGCUUCACCGCGUCCUCUUGGCUAUUCGUACCUCAGGUUCUGGAAAGUAAAGGGAAAAAAUCUCCCCUGUGUUUGUACAACAGUGACGCCUCCGUCGGUAAAGGUCCUGCCAUCCUCGGGAACACCGCGGCUACCAAAGACCGGGACAGCCCGCUGUUCAGCCAGGAGGACGGGGUAUUCAGUACUGGGAACAGUAGCGGAGAUACCGGGGUACCCAUACGCAGACCAACGCAUUUCCUCUAUGUCGGCGUGAUGACAGCGAAGAAAUAUGUGCGGUCUCGCGCCGUGGCUGCGUACCAGACCUGGGCGAGCUCCAUUCCCGGGAAGGUGGAGUUCUUCUCGAGCGCGGGGACUGGCACCGUCCUCGUGCCCGUCCCCGUCCCGGUGGUGUCGCUGGCAGGUGUGGACGACUCGUACCCGCCACAGAAGAAGUCCUUCAUGAUGCUGAAGUACAUCCACGACCACUACCUGGAGAAGUACGAGUGGUUCAUGAGGGCAGAUGAUGACGUUUAUAUCAGAGGUGAAAAGCUGGAGUUGUUCCUGCGCUCGCUGAACAGCAGCAAGCCUCUUUACCUGGGCCAGACAGGCCUGGGCAUGGCCGAGGAGCUGGGCAGGCUGGCCCUGGAGCCCGGAGAGAACUUCUGCAUGGGAGGCCCGGGGAUGAUCUUCAGUAGAGAGGUUCUACGCAGGAUGGUCCCUCACAUCAACACCUGUCUGAGGGAGAUGUACACCACCCAUGAGGAUGUGGAAGUGGGCCGCUGUGUGCGACGCUUUGGAGGAACCCAGUGCGUGUGGUCAUAUGAGAUGCAGCAGCUCUUCUACGAGAACUAUGAGCACAACAAGAAGGGUUUCAUUGAAGAACUUCACAGCAGCAAGAUCCACAACGCCAUUACACUUCACCCCAACAAAAAGCCUGCCUACCAGUACCGGCUGCACAGCUUCAUGCUGAGCCGCGAGAUCUCCAGGCUCUGUUACCGCAGCAUCCUGCUCCACCGCCAAGGCCUGAUGAUGAGUUCCCUCAGCGAUACAGAGGUACAGUGGGAGGACCAACAGCUGGGGUCCCCACCUUCCUACAUGCGCUAUAAGCCCAAUGAGAGACAUGAUGUCAUUGAAUGGGAUUUCCUGACUGGCCGCCAUGUUUACUCCGCUGCUGAGAACAAGAUUGCCCGGCAAAGCCUCGGGAACUCACUUCGGACCGCACUGGAAGGCAUUAUACUCCAGGUCAUGGAAAUGAUUAACGAGAAUUCGAAAAUGCGUGGCCGUGUCAUUGACUUCAAAGAGAUCCAGUAUGGCUACUACAGGGUGGAUCCAAUGCAUGGUGCGGAAUACAUCAUAGACUUACUGCUUCUGUACAAGAAACAUAAGGGACGCAAAAUAACAGUGCCUGUGAGGCGCCACGCUUACCUUCAGCAGUCCUUUAGCCGACCCUUCUUUACUGAAACCGACGAGUUAGAUGUGGCUGAGCUCGUGGCUGCCAUCAACUCUGAAUCCCAAUCCCUGUCUUUCCUGUCCAACUCUCUGAAGUUCUUGUCACCUUUCCAGGUCCACGAAUCAAACAGGGACAUGUGGGAGCAAAGCCAGAGGAAGGUCAACAUCCUUGUCCCACUAUCUGGUCGCUAUGACACCUUCGUCCGCUUCAUGGAGAACUUUGAGAAAGUGUGUUUGAUACCCAAACAAAACGUUAAGCUCUCCAUCGUUCUGGUGGACAAUGAGAGCAAUCAGAACAGAGGAAGACACAUCCAGUUAGUCAAAGACUUCUACAGGAAGUAUCCCAAAGCUGACCUGUCCAUAAUCCCCAUGACGGGCAACUUUUCCCGGGGACUGGCUCUUGAGCUGGGCUCCUCACAGCUUCAUAAUGACUCUCUACUCUUCUUCUGCGAUGUCGAUCUUAUCUUUAGUGGCGAUGCCUUGCAACGCUGCAGAGACAAUGCUGUCCAAGGGAGACAAGCCUAUUUCCCUGUUGUCUUUAGUCAGUACAACCCCAAGAUAGUGUAUUCGGAGAAGGCCCCGAGAGAAAACAAGUUUGUGCUGACCAAGAAAAGUGGUUUCUGGCGAGAUUAUGGAUUUGGAAUCGCCUGUGUUUUCAAGAGUGAUUUACUCAAAGCUGGAGGUUUUGACACCUCGAUCUUGGGCUGGGGACUGGAAGACGUGGACCUGUUCACAAAAGUGAUUAAUUCAGGUUUAAAAGUGUUACGCAGCCAAGAACCAGGCAUUGUCCACAUUUAUCAUCCCGUCCAGUGCAACACAAGUCUGGAGCAGAAGCAACACAAGAUGUGCCUUGGCUCGAGAGCAAGUACGUUUGCAUCGACAAUGCAGUUAGCAGAGCUGUGGCUGGAGAAACACAUAGAGACAGGCUAUAACAGAACUUCAUCCUGACAUCCCAGCCCUCCUGGACUCCUCCAUACAAGUUGACCUCAGUUCUGCUUGAAUGCAGACAGCGAUGUGCUGCGUGGUGGGUUGUAGUGUGACUGUGGAUCAGAGGCCUUUGUAGGCUGGAAGAUCUGACCCAGAAAGGACCCGGGACUCCAAAACAGAGAUGGAUAUAACCAAUUAAGACCACACACGACCCAGUUCCAAACUGACCUGACAGCAGGUGGACCCAACCUCCAAUGGGAUCCAGAGGAAAUAGUCCACAAACAGAACCGAGUUUAGGCUUGCUGCACCCAGUUUGUUGAAAGCCAGUGUAGAAACAACAAGAGGCUGCCCCUUCAUCCAGUUCCUUAGCAGCUGGGAAACCACUGACUGAAUACAAAUUGGCUGUUGCGUGGCACAUUGCACAUGUACAGUUCACUUCAGCAUUAGUGAUUUUUGAUUUAUUUUUGAUUGUGCCAGUGAUGCAAAUAUAGAGCUUUAGGACUUUUAUUGCAGUUCCUUAGGGUUUGGGUCAGGGGUAACUAACUCUCUUAACAUUUUAAUUACAUGUAUAAAUGAAGGCUGGUUUGGGCGGUCCCAACGUUGGGAUUCUUUUUUUACAUGACCCAAAGAACAUACAUGACGGGUGAUAAAGAAGAAAAAAAUUUAUAUAUUCUGUAAAUAUAUAUUAUAGUCGACUCAUAAGAAUGUUGGAGUGUUGCAGGUUUCAGUAUCAGUAAUCGGUACUCUGUUCCUCUGCUCUUCAUGGGUGAAGUGAUUGUGGAAUGUGGAUCGCUGCUGUGCCCUGAGCAGCAUUGUCCGCUGCGUUACACAAUCUGUAUGUGUUUAAGUUUCUGUGUGUGUGUUUGCGUUUCUGUGUCCUGACUCUCCCAGAGAACCUUCAGACAUUCCCUCCUGCAGACCUGUAGCCGAGGCUGUGUGGUUACUGUGUCUGCCAAGAGGAUCCUGUCGUGCUACUGUGCUAAUAUUAUUUAGCAUGUUGUUCAGCAAUUUCUCUCAUUUCCACUCUCUAGUCUAGUGAUUUUCUGUCGGACCUAUGGCAGACAUUAGUUUGUUGUUUAAUGCCAAACCAAAGCUCACUGCUGUCCCGGCUGUGUUUCCUUCCAUUCAUCCAAAUGUAACUCUGGAGGACAGCUAAUAGAAUGUUUACAGUUUACAGUAGUUAUCAUGAUUAUGGCAUUUGCUUUAAUUAUUUUUAUUAUUAUUAUUAUUAUUAUUAUUUAUUUUUUGCCAUAAUACUGGCUUGGGAAUACAUUCCUGAACCUAAUUUUACUCCAUUAAAAGUUGGAGCAGUUUAGAUGGGCCUGACCCACGGAGUAUUGAUUCACAGGUCAACAGACAUUUAGAUGUCUAGGUUAAAACUGGGAUAAAGUCGGUUGAAGGGUCAUCUGUUUUCAGUGGCUAUAUUUCAGUGUGUAGUUUGAACCUUCACAUUUAAAAAAAAAAAGCCUUUGAAAUGCUGUGAAACAACAGUUUUAUAAAAUGUUUGCUAAACAAUCAGUUGAGCCAGGUUUUACUGCAGACUAGUGCUUACUGGGGAACCACUCGUCAGACUGAAGCAUAUGACUACACAAAUGAGCUUUGUAGGUCAUGUGCAAUCCAUCGCACUUCGAGAUGUGUGGGAUUAUUCUUUGAGUAAGUCAAUUAUGUUGAUGGGGCGGUGCCAACCAAACUUUUCUAAGUCUAAUCAUCUUAAAAACAAAAAGAAAACAGGAGUGCACACAUUUGCACAAACUCAUUUGUAGCAAAAGAUCUUCUGUUUUGACCAAAAUAGGCAGCAUAGCUGGGUCCAGGCCAAAAUGCAAUCUGAUGCUUGAAAACAAGUAGUUUUAUGAAGUCCGACCACUCCAAUUGCGAAAGCAGUUAAAGGUUGGGGCCAGACGAUCACAUAUACAGUUCUUUACGCCACAGAUUUUCAGCGUUUUUUAAGCCAAGGCCCCCUUAGCUGAAAGAGAGACAGAGCAGAGACCCCCCUACUACAUAUAUUGUAAAACAUGAAGUUGCAUACUAAACUGGGUCUACACUAACGUGAAGACAAAAGUGGAAACAGACGCGAGGAAUCGGCAGAGGGAAUGGGGAGCUAACGUUAUGUCCGAUGUUACGUGUGUUAGCUUAACUAACAGACAGAUAGUUAGCCUAAAACUAAGAUAUGGAUAUUUAACUUGGUAACAACAUGAUUGCUACACACAUAUUUGUCUUCAUAAAGCUCAGUUUUUCAGGUCGGCAGCUUAUAAAAACUUAACUUCUGGGUUCUUGACCCUGCUGGUAGUGAAUAUCACCACACAGCAGCUUUUAGGCAUGUUUCUGUUGUUUGCUAGCAGACGGAAUAAAGAGGAGGAAACCUUCACGCAAUACAAGUCAAUGGAGAGAGGAGAGUUGUUUACCCCCCCCCCCGGUGGGGGCGGGACUCUAGUGCGGACAGAGAUUGGUUUUGUCUCAAAACGCCACUUGAAAACCAAAACGUAGUAGUGUAGAUGUAGUUUACGUAAUGAAUUAUGUUAGCUUUUUCUUACUGCUGUUUCCAUGCUGCCUCAGGACCACAUGUUACCACGCUGUGCAUCGCAGCCGUUUGCUUUCACUGGUCACCAGCCCACGGCUCAUUGGCUAUUAAGUGAAAAUGAAUAAUCUGGUAAAUAAUAGUUUGAGUUAGCCUUGUUCUUAUGGAAGGCUGACAAAACAUGUCCUUGAAUGACCACAUACCAAAUAAGUAGGACGCUUCUUGUUGACAUGUUUUGUCAGCAGCAGUUCAGACUUGUGGGUCACUGUACAGUACACUUCUAUUUUUUCAGCAAAACAAAUAUAAAUAUUCAAGUAAAAAUGUCAGUUGAGUGUGGUCAUCAGGCUAUCUUAACGUCACGUGAUAGUUGGUGAAUAAAGCUCAGAUAUACAUGUAUAGCUAAAUAUAUUGGAAAUCAUGUAAUCAGAACAUUUACCUAUAAAGUAGCAGAUUGUAUGUUACAGUGAGCGGAACAGAUUCACGCUAGCAUCCAUAAACAUUUUCUGUGUUACUAUGGAAGCUAAUUGCAGAAAAUGUGGAGCUGCAUCUCGUAUAUCUGUAUCUCAUAAUAACGAGAAAACCAUCUCCAGCUAUUGUAAUAUUAAGAUAGUGUUCUCGUCAUUAUGAGAUACUAAGCCAUAACUACAAUGUAAGGUUUCUUCCUUCGGUGAAUGUAAUGCACUUCUGUAAAGUUCACUGCCGAGGAUCGUCUGCAUAGAUUCUGUCGAGAGUUAAUGGUUUUGUUACCCAAGCAUAAUGGCUUUAAAUACUGCUAGCAAUAACAACUGCUAUAGUAACAGCUGAUUAUUUAUAAUAAAUGUUUAAAGAC